AUGCAGGUUGGAAUGGAUAUUUCACCGGAACUCUUCAGCUCCACCGCCUCAUGGGCAUUCUUGGAUCUCUAUAAAGUUGGCUUAUGGCCAAAGCACAUGCAGACUCACGAGACCGGCAACUCAUUCGUCUCCAUUCAUCAUCGUCUUGAUCUGGUUCAGGCUUUCGAAUCAAUCGGAGGCGCUGAUGCACUUCUAUAUUUGAUUGCUCAGCUUCUUGGGGAAAUAUAUCCUGCCGGGACUAAGUCGGAGUCUACCACAGCUCCCAAGACAGGCUUGCCUAAGUCUCAACUUCCUCGAGCUUCACCACAUCGUCUCUGGUGGUCGGCUCUGCGCCUCCUUUUUGCUACAUCUCGCCACAUGUUGCCAGAGCCACUACGCCGCUGCAAACUGGACGCCAAUCUUCUUACAGUCUCAGGUGCAGAGCAGCGUACACCUCGACUCACCAUCCCCCGGAACAGGCCACGAGUAUCGGCUCGUUCAGGUCUGGGCAAACGGUGCUUCCCCUUGUCUGAAACCGAUCAGUCCGAGUCUGAGUUGGGCGCAAUUUCAACUGCUUUGGGUUCUUUGUCGCCAACCGGAGCGGUAGAAUCGGAAACAUCAUUCAAUCCCGCCUUGCCGACGCCAGUCUUCUCCCUGACGGUAGCAUCCGCUUCGGAUAAUGUUUUCACUCCAGCAACAGGAUUGUCAGCUCUUGAAAUGGCCAAAAAAACUCGAAAAGCCUCUUCUGAUUCUCAGACUUUAUGCAACCAGUCUGUGAGCUCGCAACACUGUCUGUCUGACUCGCUCUAUCGGACCUACGUCAACAGGCUUACCCAGCUUGAGCUUAAUCAGACGAAGCGGCGACGGCGGAAACGAUGGCGAAAUAGGUGGUCUCGGUCUACAGUUGAAAAAAGAUCACUCAUUCUGGGAAUGGAUCUCGGUUUAACUCGUCUUGAAUGCCUCUUGGCCUCUAUUCUCCGAUUGCCCUCGUUCGUGGCGGCUGUAAUCUUUGAUCAUCUUUUCGAGACUUGUUGGAUUUCCAGGCUCAAUAACCCUCUACCUCCUGUUAGGAUUGCUCAUGGCGUAACCACCUUCUCUACUUCCGGCUCCUCUAUCCAGCCAGAUCCAGCUGAUAUUAGUCACUCUUAUACAAACGGAACGGGCAGCCACGACAACUCUUUGCAUAAAGAUGAAGCCUAUCAGGCUAGCGGAGUCGGUCAUCGCAUUUGGCUGCUUGUUGAACCCGGUCUCCUUCGAGCUUUGUUGCUUUACGCUCCUCCUGAACUUUUUAUUGAACGUUCUGUUUCUGGAAGUGACACUAGUAUGCUUUCCUCACCGUCUAUCUCAGCAUCUUUGUCAGAUUUGUCCCGACUGGUAUAUCUUUUCGCAACUAGAUUUCAUCAGUUGCAUCAGAAUAUUUCUCAAAGUGGAACUAAACCACGCAUAAAGAUUGAUUUAAUAAAUCCCGGCACGCAGAUCGCUUCUGAUAAGAAGGGAAGCAAGAUUACCAUAAACGUGGAUGAUAAGCACGCAACCAAAGAGAAUCUUGAACGAAAACCCGUGCUCAGUCAAAAGAUUCCUUCCAAAUAUGCACCCGAAAUGUCUUCCCGGGGUUCUGGUUUUAAUAUUGUCUCCCUACCUUCCAUUGUUGAAAAUAGUAGCCGCUCUUCAUCUUUUGUUUAUCUAGACGAGCGAAUUCCAACACCUUCAAAAAUCCUAUUCAACUCUGGAAUAUUGAGCCGCGAUCUUGGGUAA